AUGAAAUCUGUUGCUGAGAUGAACAAGAAGUUGGGCAUUCUUAUUGAGUCAUCCCAAGGUGGUCAUACUCACAAUGGAUCUCAGUCUGAAGAUGCUCUUCGUUCUUCAGAAAAUGAGGAUGAUGAAGAUUCCACUUCAGAGGAAGAUGAGGAUGAUAAAAUCGAGGAUGACAAAGGAGAUGAACAUCAUGAGGAUGAAACUGAUGAUGAUGAUGAUGAUCUUGAUGGAGCUAGUAUUGGUGUUGGUCAGGAUGAGGCUCACACGGGGGAUGUUCGUAAUGAUGAGGGUGUUGUUGUCCCCGAGGUUGUUUUGAGGGAUGAUGAUACCGGCAAGGUGGAUGAUGCCAAGAAGUCUGACCCUGUGGAACCUGUUGCAGAGAUCAAACAGUCUGAACAGUCUCAAGGUGGGGAGGAGAACAUUGAUGUUGAUACAACAAUUGCAUCUGUUGUUAAAGCUGUGGAGAAUUUGAUUGGUUCCUCAACUCAUGUCCCUGCUUCUGUUGAGACUUCUGAGAAGACUGAUCUUGAAAUGGUUGUUUUUCAAGAGACUCCUAUUUUACGUCCUCAAAAGAGGGAUCGGAAGAAAGGAGCUGUUUUGAAAUCUCCAUUCAUUGAGCUUGCUUCUGGUGCAUCUAAAUCAGGUUCAUCCUCAGUUUCUCCUGAUGAUUCUGUUUAUAAGGUCGUUAAAUAUGUGCGUGGUUUGUGCCCGUUGGAGAACAAGAUUGGUGAACCUGUCGAUCUGCAAUUGGAAGCUGAGUUUGUCACUUGGCACAUUGACAUUAUUUUCUACUAUCUUCGUAAGAAAAUAAUGUACUCAGCCGAGCCGAAAAUCAAAGUCACCACAACUGAUUGCCUUUUUUGUUCUAGCAUAACAAGUUUGUAUGAGAAGUUUGUUAAGAAAAACAACGAUAUAUCGGUGUUGUCUCUUUCUCACAAUGUGGCCCAGUACAUCCAAGGUGGUAAGAUAUUAUGUGCCACUCCUUGGCAUUUGGUUGAUCAUGUUGUUAUGCCUAUCAAUGUAAAAUUACAGGAUCAUUGGAUUUGUGGUCGUCUAAACAUAGUUGACAGGCGGAUAUAUCUGUACAAUUCAUUGCGUUCUGGAAGGUAUAUGACAGCUGCCAAAGAGGCUUGCGAGCCUUCUUCUGUUAUUUUACCAUAUUACUUCUCUAUGUUAGACUUCAAAGGCCUUCGCAACGAAGCUAAGUUUAGCACGAUGGAACCGUUCCCUAUUGUUGCUAUUGAUGGUUUACCCGAGCAAGUCACAGCUGAUUGUGGUGUUUUUGUAGCAUCAUUUGCUGAGUAUUUCAUUAUUGGCAAACCCAUCGCAUCCUCUGGUUUUGAUGUGGAAAUUCACCGCGAUCGUUUGGCUGUGUUAUUUUAUCAUUAUGGCAUGAAGAAGCAACUUGAGAACAUUGAAAGUGAAUCCGAGGCCCCUCCCAGCCUUCCCAAGAAGUGA